AUGGGCCCUCCUCCACAAUGCCUUCAGGAAGACUUUGAAGCAGGUUGUGUGAGUGGACUGUUCUACAGAAGAAAUAUUGGUGGAGGCAACAAAGAAGAUGAGGGCAGUGGUUUUAUAUGGCCAAAGGGGGAUGCUGGAGAGCGGGGCAUCCAGUCGUUGAAUUUUCAGUCACUUGCUAUGGGCCCCUGGGUUCAACAGUCACUUGAACCAUUAUUGCUGGGAAAUGAGCUCAAUUUGUGCCAAGCCAUAUCUGCUGCAGCUUUGCAGGAAAUCAGGGGUGGGGAUUUUAUGAUGCAGCAAUUUCUUCAGUAUCAGCAACCUUUUUCAUUUCCUCAACAGUCCUGCAGAAAUAAUCCAUUGCUACAGCAGCAAAUUUUUCAGCAGACUCCUCAAGAGCAGAUUGUCAUCCCCCAGUCACAAUGUGUAACUGAGAAUCUUGCACAUUCUGUUCCAGACCAACAGUUGCAGCGAACUCAUAAUGAACAACAGAAGCAGCAGGUUCAACAACCACAAACAUAUGCAGAGGCAUUCCAGAUUCCCAAGAAUCAUAUGCAUCAGCAACAGUCACCUUUGCCACCUCAUUGCAUCCAGCGUAUGUUGGGGUCUUCUUAUGCUGAAGGAAAUGCUACCAUUCUAAACUGCUCUAGACUUGGUAAUCCUAUAAUAAGUGAGCAAAAUCAGCAACCUUGGGAGCCUAGGUUUACAAUGUCACAGGUUGCUCCGUUUGGCAGUACUGUAAUGCUUCCUUCAUUUGCUGAGAAGGAUACUUCUGUGGGAUGUGAAAAUUGUGCAAAUCUGCAGAACCAUACCCUGUAUGGUCUUGGCAAGGAUUUUCCAUCCUCCCUCUCUAUUGCGGUGCCUAAUAAUUCUCUAUAUGGUUACCUGGAUGGGUCUUCUGGCUCGCUGCAAAGUGCAGCAGAGAUUGAUCCAGCAACCCAAAUGUUUGUGAAGGUUUAUAAGUCUGGAUCAGUUGGGAGGUCGCUGGACAUCUCUCAAUACAGCAGCUAUGAUGAACUUCGUCAGGAGCUGGGUCAGAUGUUUGGUAUUGAGGGUCUAUUGAAUGAUCCUCUUAGAUCAGGCUGGCAGCUUGUAUUUGUCGACAGGGAGAAUGAUGUGCUUCUCCUUGGAGACGACCCAUGGGAGUAA